CCCUCAACCAUGAGAGGGGUUGUGCUUGCCCUAACUCUGGCCCUUGUGGCUGGUCACUCCCACAACUUUGCGCCUGAUUUUGCUGCUGGUAAGACUUUUGUGUACAAAUAUGAGGCCCUGCUCCUGGGUGGUCUGCCAGAGCAAGGUUUGGCAAGAGCUGGACUCAAAGUCAGCAGCAAAGUUCUCAUCAAUGCCGCAGAACAAAAUAUAUACAUGCUGAAGCUUGUGGAACCUGAGCUCUAUGAGUACAGCGGCAUCUGGCCAAAAGAUCCUUUAAUCCCAGCAACCAAGCUGACAUCAGCACUGGCAGCUCAGCUCUUGACUCCCAUCAAGUUUGAGUAUACCAAUGGCGUUGUUGGAAAACUCAUGGCCCCUGAGGGAAUGUCCACACUGGUGCUGAACAUCUACAGAGGAAUUCUGAAUGUCCUUCAGCUCAACAUCAAGAAGACACAGAAUGUCUACGAGUUGCAGGAGGCUGGAGCUCAGGGUGUGUGUAAGACCCUCUAUGCCAUCACUGAAGAUGAAAAGGCUGAGCGCAUCCUUCUGACAAAGACCAGGGACCUGAACAACUGUCAGGAGAAGAUCAUGAAGGACAUAGGGUUGGCAUACACUGAGAAAUGUACAAAGUGUGAGCAGAACCUGAGAGGAGCUACAGCAUACAAUUACAUCUUGAAGCCAGUUGCUAAUGGAAUCCUGAUCCUGGAGGCGGCUGUCAAUGAGCUGAUCCAGUUCUCACCUUUUAAUGAAAUGAAUGGAGCUGCUCAGAUGGAGACUAAGCAAUCCCUGGUCUUCCUUGAGAUUCAGAGAGCCCCUAUUGUACCCAUCGAGGCUCAGUAUCUUCAACGUGGAUCUCUGAGAUAUGAGUUCUCCACUGAACUUCUUCAGACUCCCCUUCAGCUCAUCAAGAUCAACAAUGCUCAGGCCCAGAUUGUGGAGCUUCUUAAUCAUCUGGUCGCCCACAAUGUGGAGACAGUCCACGAGGAUGCCCCUCUGAAAUUUUUGGAGCUCAUUCAGGUCCUCCGUGCAGCCCGCUUUGAAGAUCUGCAAAUGCUCUGGAGACAAUACAGAAACCGUCCUACUUACAGACAGUGGAUCUUGGAUUCUGUCCCUGUCAUUGGAACACCUGCUGCUCUGAAAUUCAUCAAGGAUAAAUUCCUUGCUGAUGACCUGAGUGUUACUGAAGCAGCUCAGGCUUUGAUUGCCUCCGUUCACAUGGUGACAGCAAGCACCGAGGCCAUCAAGCUGGUUGAGGACCUGACAGUCAGCACUAAAAUACAGGAACAGCCAGUUCUGCGGGAAAUUGUACUUCUUGGCUAUGGUACCAUGGUUUCCAAAUACUGUGCUGAGAAGGCUGUUUGCCCUGCUGAACUAAUAACGCCCAUCCAGGAGCUCCUUGCUGAGGCUGUCGCAAAGGAUGAGACCCAGAACAUCAUCCUGCUCCUGAAAGUUUUGGGUAACGCUGGCCAUCCUAAUAGCCUUAAGCCAAUAACAAAGAUCCUGCCCAUACAUGGCACUGCAGCUGAAUCUCUGCCCAUGAGAGUCCACGCUGAUGCCAUCAUGGCCUUAAGGAACAUUGCAAAGAAGGAGCCCAGAAUGAUCCAGGAAUUGGCUCUUCAGCUCUACAUGGACAAGGCUCUUCACCCAGAGCUUCGUAUGCUUGCAUGCAUUGUGCUGUUUGAGACAAGGCCUCCAAUGGGUAUGGUGACAACACUUGCCAGCAUUGUGAAGGCAGAGCAGAAUCUGCAGGUCGCAAGCUUCACUUACUCCUACAUGAAGUCCAUGACCAUGAGCAAGAGCGCUAUCCAUAACUCAGUUUCUGCUGCUUGCAAUGUUGCUGUCAAGAUCUUGAAUCCAGUUCUGGGCAGACUGAGUUUACGUUUCAGCAAAGCCAUCUACGCAGACGUCUAUAACAGCCCUUUGAUGCUCGGUGCUGCUGCCAGUGCUUUCUACAUCAAUGAUGCGGCCACUAUUAUGCCCAGAUCUAUUGUGGCUAAGACCAGUGCUUUCCUUGCUGGAGCUGCUGCUGAUGUUUUGGAGGUUGGAGUGAGAACUGAGGGAAUCCAGGAGGCUAUUCUUAAAAACCCUGCAGUUAUUGACAGUGCUGACAGGAUCACCAAGAUGAAGCAUGUCAUUAAGGCUCUCUCUCACUGGAGAUCUCUGCCCAACAGCAGUCCUUUGGCCUCCAUCUAUGUCAAGUUCUUCGGACAGGAAAUUGCCUUUGCCAACAUUGACAAACCCUUGAUUGAUCAAGUCAUUUCACUCGCCACUGGCCCCUCUCUUCAGGCAUUUGGUAAGAAUGCUGUCAAGGCUCUGCUGUCUGGUACUUCCUUCCACGUAGCUAAGCCUCUGCUUGCAACUGAGGUGAGGCGCAUUUUGCCUACUGCUGCUGGUUUUCCAAUGGAGCUCAGUCUGUACACUGCUGCUGUGACUGCGGCAGCUGUUCGAGUAAAGGUCACCACAACACCAUCUCUGGCUGAAAACUUCCAUCUUGCUCACCUUCUGAAGACAGACAUUAAGCUUGAAACUGAGAUCAGACCAAGCAUUGCUGUGAACACAUUUGCUGUGAUGGGGAUAAACACCGCUGUUGUCCAGGCUGCCUUGCUCUCAAGAGCCAAGCUCAACUCCAUUUUGCCUGCCAAAAUUGCUGCAAGAUUUGACAUGAACGAGGGUCACUUUAAGAUUGAAGCUCUGCCUGUUUCUGUGCCGGAAAACAUUGCAGCUGUGCAUGUUGAGACUUUUGCUGUAGCAAGAAAUAUUGAGGAUCUUGCAGCUGCAAGAUUCACUCCUAUCAUCCCUGCAAUGGUCAUGCAGCCCAUCUCAAGGGAAAUUCUCAGAUCUAAGAUUUCUUCUUCUGCUGCAGCCAGUUUGUCAAGAUCCUCAGAGAUCAUUUCUGAGGAUGUGGCAGCUGCCAACCCCUCUAAAAAAACAAAAGCAGCUCAAUAUCAGAAGAAGUACUGUUCUAAAACUGUUGCCAUUGGACUGAAAGGUUGUCUCAGGGUUGCCACUGACAAUGCAGCUUUCAUCAGAGACGUUGCCCUGUACAAACUGGCAGGAAAGCACUCUAUUGCUCUUUCUUUGAAACCAAUUGAAGGUGAAGCCAUUGAAAGAUUGGAGAUUGAGAUUCAAAUUGGACCAAAGGCUGCAGAGAAGCUCAUCAAGCAGAUCAAUCUGAGUGAAGAGGAACUAGUUGAGGGAAGACCAGUCUUGAUGAAGCUCAAGAAAAUCCUGGCUCCUGGUCGGAAGAACGGCACCAUGUCCUCCUCCUCCUCUAGCUCCAGCAGCUCUCGCUCAAGCCUUCAAUCAAGUUCUUCUGCCUCUUCUAGCUCCUCAUCUCAAGCUAGCAGCAGCAGCAGCAGCAGCAGCAGCAGAAGCAAGAAACUCAACUCCUCUAGAUCUCUGCGCAGGUCUUCCAGGUCCAGCUCUGCAUCAAGCCUUGAAUCUCUCUUCAGUGCAAGCUCAAGUUCAUCUCGUUCCAGUGCUCGCCUCUCAAAGCAAGUGAUUUAUAACCAAAAGUUCCAGAAGAACCACAAGAAACAGGCUCUCAUCUCUCAAGCCACCUCUGUAUCAUAUUCCCACAGCAGAAGCAGUGCCUCAAGCUUUGAAGCCAUCUACAAAAAGAACAAAUUCCUUGGCAAUGCAGCUACCCCUGCCUUUGCUUUAAUUGUCCGUGCUAUCAGAGCUGACAAAAAGAUGAUGGGAUACGAACUGGCUGUAUACUUGGACAAACCUACCUCCAGAAUUCAGAUAAUUCUGUCUGCCUUGGCUGCUGAUAACAACUGGAAGCUUUGUGCUGAUGGAGUUCUGCUGAGCAAGUUCAAAGUCAAAGCAAAAUUAGCCUGGGGAGCAGAAUGUAAACAGUAUGACAUAAUGAUCACAGCUGAGAGUGGUCUUCUUGGUCCAAGCCCUGCAGCUCGCAUCAGAGUGGCCUGGAACAAGCUACCUACUGCCCUUAUACGCUAUGCCGAGAAGGUGUAUAAAUACAUUCCUGAUUCCACGCUGGCUAAAUACAUUAAAGGAAAGGAAGUAAAGACCGCCAAUCAGCUCUCAGUUACUGUGGUUGCAACAUCUGGCAGGACACUUGACCUCAUUUGGAAAACACCAACGCGUGUCUAUAAGGUGGAUUUGCGCCUUCCCAUUGCUCUGCCGCUUGAUGAACUCAAAGGUCUCACCCCCUUUGAUGAGCUUGCUGAUAAAGUCCACUACUUGUUUGCCAAGGCUGCUGCAGCUGAAUGCAGCUUUGUCAGAGACACACUGACCACAUUCAACAGCAGGAGAUACAGAAAUGAGAUACCUUUGUCUUGCUACCAAGUUCUAGCACAGGACUGCACAGAUGAGCUGAAAUUCAUGGUUCUGCUGAAGAGGGAUCACAUCGAACAGAACCAUAUCAAUGUGAAGAUUGCUGAUAUUGAUAUUGACCUGUACCGGAAGAACACUCAAGUGAUUUUGAAGGUCAAUGGAAUGGAAAUACCCAUCAAUAACCUGCCGUACCAGCAUCCCACAGCUAAAAUCCAGAUAAGACCAACGGGUGAAGGCAUAUCUGUGUACGCUCCAAGCCAUGGUCUUCAUGAAGUCUACUUUGACAAGAACUCAUGGAAGGUCAAAGUUGUGGAUUGGAUGAAAGGACAGACGUGUGGACUCUGUGGAAAGGCUGAUGGGGAAGUCAAACAAGAGUACCGCACACCCAAUGGACGCUUGACCAAGAAUGCAGUCAGCUAUGCUCAUUCAUGGGUUCUGCCAGCCGAGAGUUGCAGGGACACCACUGAGUGCCGUAUGAAGCUGGAAUCUGUGCCGCUGGAAAAACAGGUUAACAUCCAUGGACAGGCAUCCAAAUGCUUCUCUGUUGAGCCUGUGCUGCGCUGUCUGCCCGGCUGCUUCCCUGUGAAGACAACAGCUGUUACCGUUGGCUUCCACUGCAUACCUUUUGAUUCUUCCCUAAAUCGCCUGGAGAGUCUUCACAACAUCUAUGAUAACAGCGUGGACCUGAGGGAAACAGCAGAAGCUCACAUUGCCUGCAGCUGUACUGCUCAGUGUGCUUAAAGACACUUUAAUCUGUUAAUCAAUGAUGUAUGUUUUGAUCAAGGCUUUAAAUAAACUUUGUCUAAAUAAGUGAAA